GUUGACUUAGACAGCACAGGAAGGCAAGACAAAACUCAAUUCUACCUUUACGUAUUCACCCUUUCCCUGCCUACCAGAUCAUCCUCGGCUCUCACCCCCUCCAAGAACACACUUCAAAACAAGGUGAAUUCGAGCUUCCAUGGCACCGUCUGACCGAGAGACAUCCCUUGUCUCACACCAACAUCUCCCCGAUUGGUCCUGUCUAGUUCGAACAUCAAGUACAAAUCAAAUAUCCUCCGCUACCCCAACCUGCUCCAGUUGACCGGUCGUGUCUGCUCCAACUGUCUUCACAUAUAGCAUAUUCACCCCAUCGCCCAUUCCCCCAUCCCCCCCAUCCGCCCUUCAAUCAUUCAAAUUGACCGUCGCUCCCUCGACUCGAUCAAUCCCAUCUUUAACACCUGCCGCUUUCGCUCGCUGCUGCCGGUGUAAAGGCGCUCGUAUCAUGUUUCCUCUAUAUUAUGAUCUCAAUGGCACUCUCCAGUUCGCACCGGACAGUCACAAGACCGGCCACAUCCCGUUACCGCCCUGGACGGGCGAGGAGACCGUCAACGAAACCGACAAGCUCAAAUGGUGCGCCACCAAUAAGUGCCAUAGAUGCUUCGACUAUGAUACAGGCCGAGUGAAGAUUACGGUGUUUUCUCAGUUCACUUAGACCAUUCAACCCGUGGAUUUCACAGGAUCGCCGAGAGAGUAUCGACUGCGUCUAUUUGUCAACGAGUCUAUUGGAGAUACUAGACGAAGGAUCCACCAGUCUUCGUGUAACUGGAAUAUUGAGGAAUUGAAGGCCGCAACGGUCGGAGCAUACGUCGAGCUCUUGUCC